AUGGAUAAUUAUCAUCAUCAGCACACUUCUUCGGGAUCAUCAACCACAACAAAAACACCACAAGAGUUUAUGAAAGAAUAUGAGAGUGUCUUAACGGCAAAUCCAUGCGAUUAUUAUACAUGGGAAAAAUACAUUACUCUCUUGGAAAUUGAAUUUGGUAUGAACCCGUCAAGCCUAGAUAUUUCCCAAAAGCUUUUAGAUUCAUAUUCUCAAUUUCUUGCUCAAUUUCCUCUCCUUUUCGGGUAUUGGAAAAAGUAUGCGGAAUUAACCUAUCAAGUUUCAAAAGAUUUUAAUCAAACGGUUCAAGUCUAUGAAAAGGCAAUUGAUAAAAAGACUGGAAUUUCUAAUAAUCCAGAUCUAUGGUCGCACUACUGUCUGUUUGUUGCUGAACAAUCUCAAGAUGUAUCGGAAAUUAGAGCAUUAUUUGAAAGAGCGCUCCAAUCCAUUGGUAAUGAUUACUAUGCUCGUAUUCUCUGGGAAAAGUACAUUGAAUUUGAAACAUCACAAGAUGAACUAGAAAAUGUUGUCAAGUUGUAUAAGCGAGCAAUUCAAGUUCCAUGUAGAGAUUUGACAUUGAUUUGGUCUCAGUUUAAAGAUUUUAUGAAAACUCAUACACCAAAACAAGAGUCAUCUUCUACAACAGGAAGUGAUGGAAAGGAACAAGAAUCAUCCCAACAAAUCUUAACAGUGGAACAAUAUGCUCACACUCCAGAAGAAAUGAAUGCUUAUAAGGCCUCUAACAAAUUGAAUGAUUUAACCACCUAUUGGAGAGAGAAUUUAUAUUUACCAACAAAAAAAGAAUUGGAAAGGAUUAGACCCUUUGAAGAUCACAUUAGAAGACCAUAUUUUCAUGUUCAACCAUUCCAAGAGCAUGAAUUGGAACAUUUUAGAAGAUAUAUUGAGAAUGAAGAAGAAGAAUUUGAAAAGAAGAAUAACACCAAGUGGUGUACAUUGGAACAUGUCAUUCAAACUCAUGAAAGAUUUAUUGUUUAUUGCUCUUACUACACUGAGUUUUGGAAUCGAUACAUUUCAUUCUUGGAAAAGCAAAAUCUUCAUGAUCAAGUCGUACAAGUAUACCAUAGACUCACUUCCUAUAGCGUCUUAAAGAAUAGAUAUCAGGUUCAUAUUCAAUUUGCUGAAUAUUUAGAGAUGAAUAAUUCUAAACCAGAAAUGAUUGAGCAAGUAUAUAAUGAUUUAAUCAAAUCUAGAUGUAUUGGACAUUUAGAAUCGUUGACUCAUGCCAUUCAUUAUUUAUAUAGAUCUUCAUCAGACAAUUUUGAUAAAAUUGAAAUCAUUUAUAGAGAACAAGAGAAGAACAUUGUUGGUACAAUGGCAAGAUGCUAUUUCAAACUACAACAUGCCAAUUUUGUUUGGAAAGUUAGAAAAGAUGUUGAAAGAGCAAGAACUUUAUUUAACCAAUGUAUUGAUGAAUUCAAAACCACUAAGAAGGCAUAUCAAGCCCUACUAGAGUUUGAAAAUGAUGUUGUUUUGAGCACUGGUAAUACUGCCAAUGCAGAUCUCGUUGAAAAACUGCUAAAUUUGGAAUAUUACAGCGCUCCUGUUGGUUCACAUGAAGAUGACAUGCAAGAUGAAGAAUCUGUUGAUAGAGUUGUGCAACAUUAUCUAUCUCUAUGGGGAAUGCCAUCACCACAUAUCGAUUCUGAAAGAGUUUCUAAGAAGAACUCUAGUAUUGUGACCAUCUCUUUCAAAAUUGAAGUAUUGCAACUACUGCUUCAAAAAUAUGUGUAUCAAUUUCAAACUAUUCAAACCGUACAAAAAGUUAAAGAGGCAAUUAAGAAACUAGAAGACGAACAGUAUGAAUCUCAAAGAAAGAGAAGACUUGAAAAUGGAGUUGAAAUGGCCACUUCUGAAACUAAAAAGCUCAAAUCUGGAGAUCAACGAUGGAGUUUAGAUCAGUACAAGCAAUACUACCAACAAUAUUAUCAAUACUAUCAACAAUUUACACAGAUAUAA